AGGCUUCCUGUGGGAGUAUAAACCCUCCUGAUCUCCAGCAGCUCAGUUUUCCUGUAGAGUCAGAUUGCUGCAACAUGUUGCUCUCUGCGUUGCUGCUGCUGCUGCUGGUCAGCGAUGCUCAAUCCACUCAUUAUCGUGGCACUAUGAUGACUUACUACCCAGCAGAAACUAACUCAGACGGAUCCAUCUCUGUGAUUCUUCGCGUAAAGUUUAACUUUGAUUCUUGCCAAGACGGUACAUUUGGCUGCACAUUUCAAAACUGUGGUGUUGAAAGUACGAUUCUUGUAAAUACCAAGAUUGAGGAAGUGAGUGGUUCUUGGUGUCAGAGUGAAAAAAUCACAACUCGGCGGCUUCCCAACAACUCUCCAUUUCAGCUUGCGUUUGCCAGUUCAUACUGGUUAGGUAAUCGUAAUGCCAUUGUAGACUGGAGAGCAGUGACUGGUGUUGAACUGAGGACCCGGUCCGACACCAACAAACCCAACUCAUCACCACAAACCACCAUCUUUCCAGCUCUGAGCGUUCCUUCAAACUGUCAGAGAAAUAUUAGCCUGUUGGCCUUUGACCCCGAUGGAGACAAGGUUAAAUGCAGAUAUGCCAACCUUUCCUCAUCAGAGUGCGACUCGCCCUGCACGCCUCCGGUUGUUCUCAGCCUCUCACCUACCUGCAUCCUGUCAUUCAGGGCAACUUCCAGCAGUGAUGAAGGCUGGUACGCCGUCCAGAUGGUGAUGGAGGAUUUCCCCCGACAAUCCAUCACUCUGACUCAGACUAACGGGUCACAGGAGGUGAAAACUACCAACAAUCCAAUCAGCAAGAUUCCUGUCCAGUUUGCUUUUCAAGUGGGUUCUGCUGCUCCGUCCUGCACAGACGGCGUUUAUCUGCCCAGAUUUGUGUUUCCAACUCCAGAACAUGGAGCUCGGUUCUACAGCCCCGUCAGUCAGACUCUGGAGAUCAAAAUCAGGGCAGAAGCAGCUCAGUCUAACAUCAGUGGGGUCCUGUUCAGCGGGCCGUACAACGUGGUCAAGAGUUCGUCAGGACCGGGGAACUUCACCCUGAAGUGGACGCCAUCUUUACGUGAAGAUGGACAGAGUCACCCCAUCUGUUUCAUUGUCCAAGCAAGUUCGAUCUACCAGUCUGAGCUUCGGUGUGUUAUUGUGACGGUUGGAAAAGUUCUUUCAGCUCAUCUUACGGUUGUGAAGCUGAAGAUCUCCACUACGCUGUCACUGAAAGACAAACAAGACGAAAUCGAGAAAGCGAUUAAAGGUAAACUGGUUGCAGGAGGGCUGCCUGCAGACAUAAAGGUUCACCUGCGCAGCUUCGGUCCAGCUAAUAAAACAGCUGCCCCCUAGUGGCCAAAUAGGAGAAUGAAUCUGAUUUAAUCUGAUUAAAAGCAGAUUAAAUAUGAUUUAAUCUGUUUAAAUAUGAUUUAAUCUGUUUUUAAUUCUUGUAUAUUUUAAAUA